CUUGUUAUUGUUCAUGGCGUUUUAUGACUUGUCCCUUUAUAUUGCCGAUUAUGUCGAGUUUUUUCGCGAUUUUUGCCGCACGCAGUGAGCAUAAAGUGAAGUAAGGGCAGCGCAUUCUAUUUUGUAGGAAGAUAAGUGUGUUGGUGCUGUGUCUCAGUGUAAUUUGGAAGCGAGAAAUCCCGCACGAAGUUGGAAAGAAAUGGGUAGGCAACGGUGUUAAAGAGACGGCGUUGGGGCGGGUUGGCACAGAGACGUGGCUGUUUCGGUGGACUAACAGGCAGUACAGCAGUACUUUAAGAAGUCCCCAGGCUCCCCGGGUAGUUAUGUGAUUGAUGGUUGUCAUGGCGGCAGACAGCGAUGGUGAUCUGAUCGAGACGGUGGUUACGUGCGAGGGGGAUCUCGGGGACCCAGAAUUUGCACACAAGUUCAAAGUUAUUGUCGAGCGUCUCGAAACCCUGCUCUGUCAAGAAAAGGGUGAGAGCUUACGUGUCGAUAAGGUGGAGCCAUGGAACUCUGUAAGAGUAACAUUUUCAAUUCCAAGAGAGGCUGCGCUACGUCUAAGAGAAUUGGCAGCCCAGGGCUCAGCAACUCUCACACAGCUUGGCAUCCUUUCUGUUCAAGUUGAAGGAGAUCAGGUGAUAUCUCUGAGGCUUGCCAGUCACUUUGGUGGAGAAGCGCAAGAAAUAGUUUUGCGUUCUGGAUCCACUCAAGAUGGGGGCUCCAAAGCUCAAGGUGAAUCUACCAUCGAAGUCUCUCACACGGAAUCCGAUUCUUCAGCAGCUGUUGCCGGGCCCAGUAAUGCAUCCAGUAUUUCCUCAGCCUUAUGCAAUGUCGCACAAAUAAUAGCUGCUGGUGCUUCAGGAGAAAAGGCUCCUCAGUUUCGAUCGCCGAAUGUCGUAGCCCCGACGGAUUGCGAUCCGAUUCCACCCUUUCUCGCAAAAUCAGCACAACCAACUCCGGGGAGUAGCACCAGCGGGAUUUCCGGCAGCCAAUCCACGACGACAUCCGGCACAUCACCGAGAAACAACUACAACGGCCCAUUUCCGUUCGCUAGCAUGACACAUGCUGCCCAAGCUGUACAUAGUCGCGAAUCCCAGGCUGCUGGUGCCGUUAAAAAUGCAGUGCAAUUUAAGCAUCAUACACAACCACCGCCACCAUAUCCUGCACAAGAUAGUCUGAUAACGGUAACGUCGCUGAGCACUGGUCACACGACAUCCCUGCCAGUGUCAGCAGGCCAGUUGACCAAUCAAUACAAACAGGUCAACGCUACGGUGACGAGUUUGUCAUCUACCAAUGGUAGUAGUUUACCCAACAACCCUAACGCCAGUGGUAAUCAAGUCGCAUUGUCGAGCCCACUGUUGGUCAAUCUUUUACAAAACGACGGCAGUUCGCAUUCCAACAACGUGAUGACCAGUCAGAAAAUGCUACCUCCAGCUGCUGUGGAAAGUGCAGGAAACGUGAACCGUAUGAGGCCAACUAAGAAACCGAUCGCCAGAAGGAAAGAUAAUAUAAACUCGCCAAACGACUCGCCUCCAAGUUUGGAAUCGUUGAAAACGGAAGAUUUACUGGGGGCGUCGAGCAUUGUUCCGGACUUAACGCGGAAUUCUGGACCUUCGGCAUUUGCUACCGUAAAUGUUAAUCAACAGACAGCGAUAGCUCAACAGCACUCCGGAAAUGUGAUUAGUACAGGACAAACCUUGCCUUUGACACAAAAUUCCCACCAAAUGCAGGCCCCAACUAUACACAACCAAGUACAAAUACAACAAAAGUUUCCAAUCCGACAAGAACUAGCCUAUCGGCCAUCUCAGAUACGAAUACAAAAUCAAUCAAUGCCGAUAAAACAUUCACUAAGCAAUCAACAGGUUCGAACUUCUCUCCAGCAGCGACAACAAUUAGUAAUCCAACAGCAGCAGCAGGUGAUUCAAGCUCAACAACAAUUGGGACAGCAAAGUGGUAGUAACAACCAAUUGAUUCAACAACAAGGCGGAGCAACCUCCCAGUCAUCGAUAAACGAGCAACAGGGCAACAAUUCUCAGGUGCAGCAAGCAGCUGGAAAUCACCAGAUCCUCCAACAACAAAUGAUGCACUCUGGAUCGGGAAUUAAUACCCCUCAGCAGAGGCUGAACUAUUUGGGAAACGUGCGUCAGGCGACCCCUCCGCCUUAUCCCAGACAAGCAACGCCACAACAACAGAAUCAACAACAUCCACAGCCUCAAUCGCAGCCAUCGCAUUUAGGGCAGCAAAAUCAGAUGCUAAACGUACAGCAGCAGCUGCACCAUAAUCAGUUAAAAAACAUGAACGUCAAUACAGGUGCAACGACAGAUUUUCGUUAUGGUCAGAGUCAGAAUAUUCUUAGCAGAAACUAUUCCAAUGUUGCGGGAAACAGCGGGUCGGCUUGGAACGUUCAAAACGGUGCCGUUCCUCAAGGUGCUCAAGUUAAUACCGCUCAGCGCAAUGUUGGUCCCAGUCAGCCUACUGGAACGUUUUCACAAAAUGUGCCUCGAUUAAAUCAUGUUGCUGUACCUGCCAGCAUAGCAACGGCGAAUACUGCGGCUGCGCCAGAACCAUCUAAGGCGGAGGAAGAGCCUGAACCGGAAUACACGUCGACAGGAAAAGUCAGGCAAUUCUUAAUAAACCCAUUGACCGGGCUCUUGGAGCCGAUGCCAAGUGAGAGUUCGGAUUCGGAACCAGAGAGUGCGGUCGACAAUCAGGAUGAUUUCUUUUCUUUUCCAUCUCCGUCUAACGACAGAUCAAAUUCCAUUUUUUCGGAUGAUGACGCGGACAGUAAUUUCUCAAGAAGAAACGACACCACCACAAAUACAGAUCAAUCCGACUCUGAAACGACAGUGAAAUCCACGGCCAGCGAGGGCAGUAUGAAACACAACAGAAUAAAGUCCAGCAGGGAAUUGGCUCACAGUCCGAUGCCGGGUGAGAAAAUAAAGCUCCGUCUGAAACUGGAGAAAUCUGAACCAGUUACACCCGCCUACAAAGUCGACGUCUCAUUUGUUAAUAUGCCUCCUGUUAGGAAAGCUGACAAGUCUGUGAAUAAAAUAUUUUCGGCCGGUAUCCAAAGUUCAGGUCCAGCCGGUGAUGAACCUAGAGUGCCUCCGUUACACAUCUCUUUAAGAGGUCGCAACGCAUCCGUAGUUCAAAUCAGAAAGAAGGAAAAAAAAGCUUUGAAGGAAGGUGAAUUUGAAUCUUUAACGAUAAAACGACGUGGUAAGCUGAAGAAAAUGAAAGAAUCCACGGAUGGUAAUAAAUUACUUCAAAAAAAGUCAUCUUUAAGUAUGAUAAUCGGUACUUCGUCCAUAUCUAAAUUUCCGUUAUCAAAUUCAACCAUCAUCAACAGCACUCACUCUGUGUCAAAAAUGAACAGUGCGCUUCAAACCGUCAUGAAUAAAGCAAAUGCCUCGAAGCAAGAUUCGCCGUUGGAUGUAUCGAAACUACAGACAGUUACAGCAAAACCCAGUUCCAGCAAAACCAGCGACGUGGAUGACAUACCGCUCAACAGUAGAAUACCGUCGCCUGUCAAGCAUAAGAUUUUAAAUCCAACGGCAAACUCUCAGCCAGUUUUGGCUAAAACCCAAUUGGAAACUGAGGUUCAAAACCAUACGAGUGAACAUAAAAUUGGAGGAGGCAAGACCAAAAGAAGAGAUUCUAAGAAGAAAUCGGAGACCAACGACGGCUUAUAUCGUGAGCAGAAUUUAUUAUCUGGUGGGAGAAUUUUGGACAACCAGAUGAAAUGGCGAAAAUUCGGUUACAAAGGAAAUCCGGGACAACCUAUAAAGAAAUCUGAGUCAGCAUUAACCGAAAAUGUUCCACAUAAGGUUAAAAAAGUUGGAGAGGUUCGAAGAACUAGUGAUAGUGACAUUAACAGAACUGUAAGUGAAACAGCAAAUGCAUUGAGCGUAGUGACAUCCAGAUUAACUGAAAUCAACGGAAUCAAAAAAGACCUUGUUAGUCACGAAAAAAAGAGACGACUGAGUUCAGUGGACGAGAAGGAUCUACGUUUAGCAGAAUCUCAGAGUGCAGAGAUGACACAGCUCCACAGUCAUAAGAGUGUUUCCGACGGUCUAACUCAAAAUUCAAAUCCAAAGAUCAAUUCGAGUUGUGACAAUGAGAAUUUUAUUGCAAAUCCUCCGAGCAGCCUCGAAAGUAACCUUGAAAGUAAACCUUCAGCUCCCUGUGCGGUUGACGUUGUGUCUAAAAAUCCGCAAGACAGGUUACCGGAUCAAGUUGCUAAAAUUAAAACUGAGACGGAGAGACUAGGUGCUAAGAUGAAUUCGACCGCUGUGAAUAAGACUCACAACAUCGUUGCUAAGGUGAAGAAUCACGUAUCUGGGAAGAACGAAGUUAACCCGAACUUGAACAGGCAUAAGGUGGAACAAGUGCAUAAAAAGAUUGUUCAGAAUCACAUAAUAAAAUCGCAGUCCGAAAGACCAGGGACAGUGACCAAGUUAGAAAAUAUGCAACGCAUCAGUCUGUUGAAGAACUCACAGAGUACACCGGUCACCAACACUGAACAGCCGUGUAGAGUUCAAAAUAUUGAUCUAUCCGUUAAGCCGAUAUUGCCGAUAGGCGAUAUUAACGUGACGGAGGCAAAAGUCAAGCAGAAAUUGCUCGAAAAUACGGUACCUGUUGGACUGGGUGUCGAUGCGAGUGCGGAAAGAGUUGGCAAUGGCGGUGGAGGUGAGGAUUCCGGUAUAGAAUCGAUGGACGCGCUGUCGGAAAAAUCACCUAACCAAGGGGAAUCCCCAUUGCACAGACCAACAACCGAGUCCAUACCUCAAUCUACAAAUAAAAACGCGAUUCAAGGUGAAACCCCAAUGCAGACAACCAAUAAGAACGUGCCUUCCUCGACUAGCGAUAGUAAUAUGUGUUCAAACUCGGAAAUUCUAAAAACUGGUGAUCCGAAAAGACUAAGUCCCGUGUCAGUUGCUAGUUAUCUAGAAAAUCGUUUGAAACAUGACACAGCUGGAAACUCAAGUGAGCGUAGUGUUAUUAAUGUGUCUAGUGAAAAAGCAGCGUUUGCCAAGUCGCAAGACAAUGACAAAGCAGCGUCUGCCGCAGGUGCAGAAGUUACAGACAAUAGUAAAAAUAUUGCAAGUCCAUUGGUCACAGCCUCGACUACCGUUGCGCCAAGUUCCGUGCUGACUCAAUUGAGCUGUGACAAACUUUUACAGUGUACAAAUACAGAGAUCAAAGAUGUUUCACUUGUGGAUAGUUUUGGAGUGAAACCCCUUAAAUUAGAUACUUCUGUUAAUCUAAAUAACCAAAAUGAACUAAACAAAGUAGAUGUUAGUCAUGAACAAUCAAACGUUGUCCAACAGUCGUCCAAUAAGGACUCAAAGACUUCGUCGGACGACAGUUGUGCAAAUAUUUUAAGCGACAGUCCUAUCGGACAAAAUAACAACAAUGGCGUGCCUGUAAUACAAAAUCAUGUGGCGUACAGUAAAGUUAAAAACGAUAAAAUCGAACCGACGUUAAUUCAAGCUAAUCUAAAGGCAGAAAACACAUGCUCAAACAUACAAACUCUUACACCGGAUAUUAAAACUGAACCAAAUCUAGAAGUAAAGUUGCACGACACCAGGCAAGUUGAUUUGCCCAACAAUUCGGCUCACCCUUUGAAUUCAACCCUUGGCAAUAAAGUAGAAACAGAUAAGAAUCAGAUGUCCAAUGUACAAACUCAACAACUCGCGGUUAAAGAAUCGUCGCCGAUUUGUUUACACAAGGUGAACGAUGAACUGGUUAAAAAAAUUGUCAGUGACGUUGCGACAGAAAGAAAUGUUGGCAUCGAAUCGCCAUCAGUCGACGAUCCUCAGCCAAUUAGAAUUACUCCUCCUCUAUAUACGUAUUCUAAUCCAGUAGUUUUGCAACGAGAUGAAACCCCCAGUCCAGCAGCGCAUAACCAGGAGGUAGAGACCAGCGAAGUAGAUCACGCCAAGAGGAAACGUAGAAGAAAACAGGAACUAGAAGGUCGACAAGAUGUGAUAUGCAUAGAAGAUAACGAAGAUUCACAUUUCCUCGAUCGAUUAAACUCAAACAAUUCAAACGAUUAUGUUAAGCCAAAAUCACUAUUAGAACAGCUUCUGAUAGAGAUUCCCGCAGAAAAUACUGAAAAGAGAUCGCUGAGAACGAGAUCGCAGAAACUGAACAGUCCUGACAUUGUUAAAACGCCGAAAAGUAGUCCACAUGGCCAGAAUAAAAUAGAAGAACGCCGUAGCAUAUCACCCUUUGCUAAGGCAAGCCCAAAAAUGGGUGUGUCAAAGUUAUCGCCUAAUGCCUCAACAGCCAAAAUUGGUAAGAGAAAAAGACAAGAAAGCGAAAGUUCUGUUGCAUCAAGUACAGCGGACGAUCCUCAGCCCAGACCGGGAAAACGGAAAUGUUCGGAAAAUGCUGCGGAAUUAAUCAAAGCUUAUAUGGGGGUUGAAGAAUGUGGAUCUAAUAAGAAACAAGUAACUACAAAGGAGGAGCAAAGUAAAAAAGUCUUCAAUGUACUGACAAAAGCAAAAAAAGGACCAAUUUUAGUAGAUGUGGAUUCCUCAGAUGACGAACCGCUGAUUGAUAUAGCGGAAAAAGCAAGAAUGCGAAUGUCGGAUGAGGCACCUGCAGCAUCUCCAAAGCCUAGAGAUCCCAAAAUGAUUGCAAGCGGUCUAGUGAUGGGAGGUCAAAUUAUUUCUAGCAACACAUCAAACACAUCAAAUGCUAUUAACAGAGUGCAACGAGAAAGCCGGCUAUUGACUACCAAACAGCCACCUAGCGGAGCGUCUGCAUCGACUGGAAAGGAAAGACUUCGAGGAACAUCCGUAUCUAGCAAUGAAUCCAUUGGCGAGAUCCCGACACGCAGGUCGGUGAGGCAAAACACCGCAUCGCCAUUGGCAACUCCCGCUGGUAACACUCGAGGGGCUUCCAGAUCCGUGGAUGAUGUUAACAGAAGAAAGACGCGUAGUGGAGCCGUUAUUCAAAGUUGGAAAGAUCUGUGUUAAAAAAAUACGAAACGGCACCACUGGAAUGUUUCUGCCAUAGGAACCUGUGUAGAAGAAUUUUAAAUAAUGUGGUUUUUAUUAACUUUUUUCUGAAUAAUUAGAUAGUGAAUCCAUAAAUAUUUUCGAGGAUAAAUGUAUAAUAUAUUUUUUUUAUAACAUUGUAAAAUUUCAAGCCUCAAAGUUGAAAUCUUCGAUUACCAUUAGAUUUAUGUAAACCUCCUUAAGUUUCAAGGAAAUCAAAAAACUUAUAGAGUUCCACUGAUGCAUACCCUUAAUAAAGCAUUUAAAAGAAUGGGAUCGCGAGCAAGUAGCCUACUAUCAAUUCAGUACAUCUCAUACUGACUGUAUAUGACAAAGAUUAUUUUAUAUGGAUUUCGAAUUUUGUUAAGAAUUACUUAGCAAAAUAUGAUAAUGAACGAUAUUUGUAACGGAUAGUGUAAAUACCUUGUGUAUUGCAAUACAAGUGCACAGGAAGAGUGCUGGAUGUAAUAAAAUAUUAUUCUUUUCGUACUAUUAUUAUUGAAGGUAGUAAUGAUAUUAUAUUAGUACUAGCGUACAGAGUAUCUUAAUAUUCAGAGUCCAUCUUUUCCAAUCGUGUACCGUCUGUGUUACAAAACGAGAUCAAUUUUGUCAAGCAUCUUCAAUUUUCUCACUACCCAGUGUGCUUACUUGUAUCCAGACUCUUAGGUUCUACUGUAAUGCCAAACACCUUGUAUAGCACGAGUGGUGUUUUAGUGACAGUCGAGAAGGCGAAGCAGGCGAAAAGGCGGCGAAUAUCGCGAGAGACCAAAUGACCUUCGGGGAGCGACCUUGACAGCGAUUAGCUACCGUCGCUAGUCAGGGCUCGUCUGUCUAUUUGUCUGUCUGUUAACAAUGUUAGUUCAAUUGCUGUGUGGCUGGACCCCACCUGGUGACUAUGUAGCAUCAAUAAUAACGCACAAUGUCAAUACAGUGUUGCCCGAGUGUACAGUAACUGGACUAGUGUUGGAUGGCGAGUAAUAACGCAGAUUUCACUCUGUUCCUCCUCGAUACCUGGAUUAUAAUUGAGCGUUUUCUUCUUUCUGUAGUUUAAACGUUGAGGGAAUAAAAUUGUUAGACCGCUUAUUUCAAAUAGUGAAUUACGCGGCACCGAAAUCAUUUCAACCCACUCUAGGUAGACUUUCUUCUUCAAUUAUAAUUGCAAUUUUCUUUCUUUUCCAUCUUACAUCGAGUCGAUGUAUCGACGUCGGUUCUAUUUCAAAACUCAAUGAAUACAUUCCGCCAAUCCUGUAGCGGCUUUGCUGCCAAACUAAACUUUCAUAAUGGAUGUUCUUCUCAGGUUUACCUAAAAUGCUUCACUGAAGCGCGAAAUAAUUGUAUUUACAAAAGUGUGUGAAAUCGAUUGAACUUCGCAUGGCUUUGUGACAUGAAAUAAUAACUUGGGAAAAGAAAAUCAUAGUGUAAAAAACUCUGGUGAAACUAGUUUUCUUACUCUAGAACUCUGUUCUGCCUUUUAUCCGUUGCUAUCCAGCAUUCUUCCAUUUACCUCACCAUUCGGUAGUACUAUUUAGUUAUUUAGAUUAACUCUAAAUUAUUGCACGCUAUUCGAUUGCGCCAGUGUUUACAUCACACGGAAAAAUCGUAACAAUGCCUCGUCUACAUGGGUUCUAUCUGCUUAAAAGUUGAAUGAUAUUGCCUCUUGUAAGGACGUCUGGAGUACCAGAGUGGCGCAAAAACAUUGAGACAUGUACCUAAAAUUCGGCAAUCCAAAUUUCUUGUUCAAAUUUCACAUGAUAUCACACUCAACAUUCAGAAUGUACAGUCAAAACUUUCGUACUAUAUUGCCCAGGUAUCCAAGGCAUCUGUUUUGCUCAUUCUAGUAUUCGUCUAACACAAUUUGCGAAUGCAACGCUCCAUGAAGACUAUGAAUUUGAAACUGUUGUUACUGCCGUAACAUGGUGAAUCAACUGUACACUUGUGACAAAAUAAUUAUUUCUAUCUUGGUUUAGGUGAUGAUUGUUUAGGUAUCCUUUGCCAGCAGACUGUGUUUAUAGUUGUCUAAUUAAUAAGGACUUCUUGUUAAUUUAUUUUGUUACUGUUCAUACUAUAUUCUUAAAUAUAUUACUAUCGUGACGGUUACAGUUGUAAAAAUCUAGAAACAUAUAUAUGUGUAUAUACCGUUCUUUGCAUAUUUUUUCUUUUUUUUUUUUUUCUUUCUUUUUCUCACCCAGUUACUGCCAUCCAGCAUCUAUUUUCUAUGUAACAACAUAUACAAAGAUUCUGAGAUAUUGGCCAUAUCUUCGGUUAUAGCAUGUAAAUAAUAUAAUUUCUUUCUAUCUGACAAAAAAGCCAAAAAAGAUAAAGAAAACCGCAAUAACUCUUUUGACUUCCUUGUGGUAAUGAUGAAAGAGAGUUGACAAUUACAAUCAUUGAAUUGAAAUAUUUUUCUAUCGAUAAUGUAUUUCUACUAAAUACAGUUGCUUAUUUUUGUUUUUGAACCUUGUAAACAUAGUCUGUUGGUGGUAAUGCUGCCUCGAAUUAGUACUUCGUGCAGGGCUGGGUUAUAGGAAAAAUUAACAAAGGAUUUAUUUUAUUUAUAAAAAGUAAGAGGAACACUGGGAUAUAUGAUUAAUGAUUCAUGCAUAAAUAUACGGAAAUGAUGAUAAUAAUAAUUAAAAAAAAUUAUUAAUACAGUGUUAAUUUGAUAGGUAAUAUAUGAAUGAAUAUAUUUUGUAAAUAAUUUCUUGUAUAGACACUCGUGCAUCUCCCUUUGUAAAUAUAGAAACUGUUAAAUUUUUAUUAAAUUAGUAAUUAUAUAAUAAAUAUCAUUGCAACUCCACUGUCACUACUAUUAGCUGUUUAAAAAAAAAUUGAAUGAAAAUGAAAAAAAAACUAUCUAAGUACAUGUUUUAAAUAAUUUCUCUUUAACAUUAUCACACAUGAUAUAGGUAUGAGAACUACUAGAAUAUUGUUUUUUUUCGCAAGAAAUACAUCUAGUUUUAUAACAUGUAAAUGUAAAUUAAAUCUUUUAAACUAUAUGAAAUUGAUGAUAAUGCAGCCUUGUGUAGCUAUCUGUCUUUCUUAUGAUGAUUAAGAAUAAAUUAGUUUACAAUUUAACUAUCGAGAUUAUUAAUGGUAAUUGCAAAACCCUACCAUUAUUUUUUAAAUAUUUUCUUAAACCGUUAUAAAUUUACCUCCAUAUCGUAUCUUGUCUCCUCAUUUUUUGCUUCGAAACAUUCGUUGAUUUAUAAUUAUAGGUCCUUUCGUUUAAUAUUAUUAUUGCGAGAUUUCAUUUGAUGCAUUGAGUUUCGAAUGUCUUUAGUCUCGUGACACAAUGAGCCAAUUGUAAUCAAUACAAGUAUCCGCAACAAACUAAUCAUUUUGCACCUUUUGUACAAAAUGUUUGUAAGUACGUCAUAAGUUGGAAGUAGAAAACUAACGAGGCAAGCAAGCAAGCUUCCGUCAAAAAUGUGUCAUUGUGU